AUGCCAACUAACAUAACUAAUAAAGACUGGUAUUUGGUGCCCGUCGUGAAUCCCGACGGCUAUGCCUAUACGCACACGAACGAUCGGCUGUGGAGAAAAAAUAGAGCUCGCAUUGGUAAUUCACCAGUUGGCGUGGAUCUGAAUAGAAAUUUUGGUGAGACGAUAACGUUUCCCUGGUGUUUCACGUCUGACCCUUGUCCAGAUUAUGUGAAUCUACUUGAAGGUGCAACAGUUAUGGCCAAGGCUAUAUUCGAUACGUCUGGUCGUAUGUACAAAGUUGGCAAUUUCAAGGACGUGAUGUACCCAGCCUCUGGGACAAGUAUUGAUUGGAGCUAUGGCAUUGCCCGCAUACCUUUCUCAUAUCUAGUAGAGCUGAGAAGCAAAGAGUAUAAAUUCUUGUUGCCGAAAGAGCAGAUACUGGACUGUUGUACGGAGAUCAUACCGCUGCUUUCG